GGCACAUUUAAGAGAACAACGUCAAUUUGGAUUCCUUCAAAAUCUAAUCGAUAGACGAAAUAAAGUUCCAUACAAUAUGACUACCGCCGCCAAGCUUCGAGCUCUUUUAGCUAAUGAGAGUGAAGUUGUUGUUUGUCCAGGCGUAUACGAUGGCUUCACAGCGCGUCUUGCGCUCAAUGCAGGAUUCAAGACUCUAUACAUGACAGGUGCCGGGACAACUAUGUCGUGUCUUGGUAUUGCAGAUUUAGGAGUCGCCACGAUGAAUGAUAUGCGAGAUAAUGCAUCCAUGAUCGCCAACAUCGACCCUAAUAUCCCAUUGAUCGCAGAUGCAGACACUGGCUAUGGAGGUCCCCUUAUGGUAUCUCGCACCGUCGCUUCAUAUAUUUCCGCAGGCGUAGCCGCCAUGCACAUUGAAGACCAAGUCGUCAACAAACGUUGCGGUCACUUACGCAACAAAGAACUCGUUCCACUCACAGAAUUCGUUUCGAGGAUUCGGGCAGCAGCUCUCAAACGCCAUGAGUUGGGAAGAGAUAUUGUGAUUAUUGCGCGAACUGAUGCGUUAGCCGAUCAGGGUUAUGAUGAAGCUGCUUUGCGCUUGCAUGCGGCAGUAGAUGCGGGUGCAGAUGUGGUGUUUUUGGAAGGGGUCAGAGAUACAGAGGAUGCAAAGAGGGUAUGUGAGGAAUUUGGGAAGAAGGGGGUACCGUGUUUAUACAAUUGUGUACCGGGUGGUGUGAGUCCAGUGUUGAGUGUCAAGGAAGCCAGGGAAUGUGGAUAUAGAUUGGUUAUUACGCCUACAUUAGCACUAGGUGCCGUUUUUGAGAGUGUAGGAAAGGCAUACAAAGAGUUGUUAGAGAAUGGGAAUACGAAGGGUAAUGGAGUGGCAGUAAGAGAUCUCUUUGACAGUUGUGGGUUGAAAGAGGCUACGGAGUUUGAUGUUAAAGCUGGAGGGAAGUUAUACCAAAAUGGUAUUUGAAGAUUGGUUAUCAUGGUGUAAAAUUUUGGGAUAGGAGGGAAUGAAUAUCAGACUGGGAAUGGAGUUGGAUUAGACACUGAUAGCGGAGCUAUAUAGAUCGACGUCGCACUAGUGGCGCAGGAGUACAGCAAUUUUCAGAUUAUCGUACAUUUCGGAAUAUCAUAUUUAAUCAUCUGUAUUCCUAGUACUCCUACUAUAUCUCAACCAUCUGUUGGAUCGCUGCUGCUUUCAAUGUUCGAUCGUCA